AUGAAUGUAACUCUCCCUGCCAUCGUUGGGCGUCUCGUGGAUGGACUGAAAUCUCCGUAUGACGACGAAAGAUUGCGUGCCGUACAGGAAUUACACAGAAUCGUUGAUCGGGAAUUGAAAGAAGUGUCAAUACAAAGUUAUGGCCUCUGUUUGAAUCUGCUGUGUCCAGAGUUACUUUCUAUGUACAUCAAUGGUGAAAUCUGUGAGAAGAAAGGAGCAGUGGCUGCAAUGGGAUGCCUUGCGGAAAUAGAUUUCCUAAGUGUUCAGGCGCACUGUGGGCGUUUCGCUUCGGAAAUUCUGAACCGCUCUUCUGCUACAGACAUCCAGCUGACUGCAAUGGAGGCUCAUUUGAUGGGACAGUUUUGUCUGGUAUUCCCUUACGAGUUUAUCGAAAGGCUGAUAAAGUGCGCUUGUGAGUCCCUUGUCAGCGAGAACCAAGAUGCUAAAAAACAGUUUUCUAUUCUAUUCCUCAGGGAGCUUGUUCUGAACACUCCCACGAGUUUCUAUCAACAGUUCGGUUUGUUCAUCCCUGCCAUUCUCGCAUCUUUCCGAGACAAAAAUGCUACUACACGUGAGUUGGCCAGUCUUACCCUACGGGCCGCACUCUCACUUGCUGCGUCACGCGAACAAGCGCUGCAUCUGAGCCUGGGUGCUGCUGGGGCUGCCCAACCCGGUGGUUUGAGUCACGGAUUACCCAACACUCAUAGUUCUUCGCUACGUCAUACCGCCACGGACGAAUCAGGUGCAAGCGCUGGUGGUAGCUGCGUUUCGUCGGUCGCCUGGUACCGAAGCUGCUUGUCAGAGGCCCUUCGACGGUUUGGUGAGAAUCCAAGCAAUCCUCCCUCCGAAUCCAGCCAAUAUCACUCAGCACAGGCCAAGAAGCUCUGCAGGGAUGACUGGGUUCACGGCAGCAUGCUCUUGCUUUCUGAGCUUUUGGCCAGUGUCCUACCGGAUCAUGAGCAGUUGUUAAGUGAACUGGAUGAAAUGGCUGGAGUGCCUCUGAUGGAGUUUCUUCCUCUUGGCUCGAAUGAAAGUGCGCUCGCAGCUCGGACAGUUCUUCUAGCUCGGGCUGCUUUCUUCACAAGUCCAUCUUUAUUAGUAACCAGCAUCCCACUGGUUCACAGUUCAGUUUUGUCCGCCGCUAGCAGGUUUGCACCGUCGAUUGGUUCAAGUGCACUGACACAGUUUGAGCGCGAGCGUACUUCUCAGAGUAAUCCGGUAUCAUGGCUUUGUCAACGCGUCCUCGUCGAGAACAUUGAAGGGAUUUCCAGCGCCGUUACCACAUGGUUGAAGUUACGUACACAGCAGCGCGUUGUGCUCCUGUUAAAGCUUAUCCCUAGAUUGUUUGCUUUGAAAUCAAGUCACUUCUGUCUGCGCGACCGACAACAGCCAAUUGUGGACUGGUUGUUCCAUUACUUGAACAAAGAAAGGGAAAAACCCAUGGCCUUGCUUUGCCUCGCGCUGUCGGCUUAUCAUAUUGGACAGGAUAUGUGUACCAGUGGUUGGUUAACACAGCUGUUCACUUUGGUUCGCUCGUACCUACCAUCUCCGCGUGACGCCAGCACCAAGAAGCGAUCUGUUCCUUUGGAGACGGCGGCCAUUCUAACUGUUGGGAUUCUGGUGAAAUCCAUCGGAACUGCGAUCCAGGAGCCCGUGCAGCAGAUGCUAGAUUCACUGUUUGCGUCGGGUCUGAGUCAACCACUGGUUGCCACGUGUAAGUUGGUGGCCGUGCACAUUCCGAAGUUGAGCAAAGAGGUUGAGAAUCAAAUACUGAACGACAUCAGUCGGGUCCUCAUGCAUAAUAGUGGAAGUACCCUCGGUCAGCCGCACUCAUCCAUGGUCAACCCUGUUAGUUCAGUGAGCCUCAUGCCUUUGCCCAACGUUACAACACUCCUCAACAACCUGGUGUCAAGUCACAAUACCCCAGCAACAGUUAGUGGUGUUACUGCUGGGUUAGCCGCCUUAGCGACGCAGCUCAGUGGACCCGGAUCCUCCUCGACGUCAGCAGUGGUACCCAUUGGUGGGGCGACUUCUAGUGGCUCUGCGGGGAUUACAGCUGGUUUCGGAUCAGGCAGUUCAAGCGUCAGUCGAAUGAUGCUCUACGCAACGGGAAAACUGCGACCUAGCGCUUGUGGUAUUUCGUGUACCAGUUCGUCAAUCGCUGAUUUAAGUCAUGUUGCUUUCCCUGGGAGUUGCUCACCGGGAGGAGAAAUGUCUUCCGAAGUGGCUGUUGUAGCACUUGCUCUGCGAACUAUCGGAACAUUUAACUUCUCAGGCCGUCCACUAGCUCCCUUUGUUCGUCACAUUUCGGAUAAUUUCAUCUCGAUCACCACCUGCGAUGUAAAGGAAGUGCGACUGGAAGCAGUGAAGACAUGUGCACGUUUGAUGCUCCCAUGGCUGAAGGCUGUUGAUCCCAAUCAUUGGUUUGCGCGACCUGCAAUGAAUACGGUCGCUGAUAUCCUCGGUAAACUCCUGACUGUUGGCAUAAGUGACCCAGAUCCCGAUGUUCGUCGUUGUGUCUUCGAAUCUAUCGAUCCCGGUUUUGACCCUCACUUAACGCAAGCGGACCAUUUGUCCUCGCUUUUCUUGGCCCUUCGAGACGAGGUGUUCGAAAUCCGCUGUCUAGUCAUGCAACGUUUGGGGCGACUUUCGGACCUCAAUCCAGCGUGCGUUCAACCCAACUUGCGCAAAGUUCUGCUUUAUACACUGAAUGACUUGGCCCAUAGUGGUUCGACGAAAAACAAGGAGCAGUCUGCUCUGUUACUUGCCUGCUUGAUCACCUCAGCUCCACGUUUCUUUACUCCCUAUGCAGACCCGGUUCUUCAAAUUCUGGUGCCCCGCAUAAGACAGGCCCUCCCGAUUACUUUACGAGAAUCAAUCGAGAACGCUACGAAUCAAGGUGAUACAGGUUGCACAACUGACGCAUACAAUGGUCGUACGAAUUUGAAAACAGUACAGGACCCUGUAACCGGAGAUCAGUCGGCUUUGCUCGCAGAUCCGCCAGCAAUCCUCCGACCAGCUGCAGGAAGCCGGGCUCCUAAUGGUGCCGGCGAUGCAACAACGAGUACCAAACGUUUGGGCAACGUCAAUGUGGCACCAGGCACUGACCAAGUUCAGGAUUCACCGGGCCACCCGGCCAACUUAACCAGUAUUUUGACGAGAAUACCUCAAACUAGUGUUCAUAUGGGUGUUACUAUAUCGCCCCUUUCGUCGGACAUUUCGAAUCAAUGGACCGAACCGACUUCCGUGGUUAUUGCCUUAUUUACCACUCUCGGGCGUUUGUCGGGGGUCGCACCUGCCGCCGUUCGGGCCUACAUGGACGAGUUUAUUCCCAUACUUUGUUGCAUGAUGCAAGACCAGUCCUGCUUCGCACGACGCGCGAUCGCCGUGUGGACCUUGGGCACGUUGGUUUCCAACACGGGUUAUGUUGUGACACCAUACGAACGUCAUCCACAGCUGUUACCUAUUUUACUGGAUAUGCUAAAACGGGAGGAAUCCAAGGAAAUACGACAAGAGGUGCUUCGGGCUCUUGGGGUUGUCGGAGCUUUGGAUCCGUUCAAAUUCCGCUUGAUUACUGGCCAGGUGGACACCUUUGGUGAUACAGGCAUUGCUGUCAGUCUUCAUGAGGCUGAUGACAAGAAAGAUGUUGACAUUGCACAACCGGAGCUGGUAGUCAGUCUGUCUUGGGAAAGCCGGGACGUGUUUUUCUCGGUUUGUGCUUUAUCGGCGUUGAUGCAUAUGCUGCGAGAUCCGGCUUUGCGCAGUCAGUACAGCAAUAUUGUGAAAACCAUUGUAUACGUGCUGAAACUCUUGGGAACCCGCUCAGUAUACUAUUUGAGACAACUAAUGCCGGACUACUUCAAUUGCUUACGGAACACGCGUGAUGUAGGACUUGCGGAGUUCCUUAUUCGUCAACUUGGCUCGAUCAUGAAUGUAGUUCGGCUACAUACAAAAGAAUUCGCCACUGAAGUCGUCGACCUACUGUUAUCCCAUUGGUGGGUCGCCCCGAACGUUCAGAAUGCUUGUAUUCAGCUACUCAGUCCGAUGGCUUCCGUACUCGGUGCAGAGUUUCGUCCACACCUCACACGUUUGAUUCCGGUCAUUCUACGCACGCUUCAUCAUGAACUGAAUGAAGCUAAUUUAAUUCUGCUUUUGGAAAUCCUUCCGGAGUUUGGCUAUACUUUGGAGGAUCAUGCACACAUACUGGUUCCGGCGAUCUCAAGUUUGAUCGAUGUCACCGGCGAAACAAAUCUUCUGAUGCUGCUAAACAGCACAGCUGAUACGUCAAACAAAACAUCAACAGCCUCCGUACCAAAGUUGGACUCUGCGCUUCCGAACAGGUCUGAGGGGAAUUUGUUUGAGGAUACUUUUGACAUACAGUCGCUGGACUUUGUGGACGGUCAACAACCGCAUCAAAAAUCGUCUGAAGGUAUGGCUCUUACCCAGUUCGCAAAGAUGUCUGUUCCCACUGCGAUAACCACAGUUAUGUCACUUGCUGCAUCGACAGUGUCGGCUCCUGGUUUUGUAGGCGGGCUGCAGCUUCGGGUAGCCUGCCUGGAGUGUCUGGCCAGAUUGACAGAUCGGAUGGACCUGGAUGAUUUUUCCUGUCAGAUUGUUCAUCCUAUUUGUCGUCUUCUUCUGACCCUGGAAGGAUACCACCAGCAGCUGCAGUACUUGAAUCAACAUCCUCACCACUUGCCAUCCUCAGCACCCUCUUCCACAAUGAAGACUGCUGUCUCCCACGGUAUCCAGUUGUGUUCCAAUGCCAUUAAUGCACUACACCCAGCUGCCGUCGACGUGUUGACUGGUUUGCUAUUGAGGAUGGGCCAAAAAUUCAAGCUCUUAUUGCCAUUGGUUCGGAAAAUGUUGGACACUCUGCAUCUGCGACCGACCCGAUUCUACACCGUGUUGGGUCGUGUGGAGAAGGGCGCUUACUUACCCAUGACCAGUGAUCAAUAUCUAACCGGCAUGACUAGCUUAGCAACACAAACGCGUGCUCAGCGCACAGUUCAAAGAGAACCAGAUGCGUCCGCUGUGAUCAAGGUGCUUGAUACCAAAGGUGCCAACUUGGAACGAGCCUGGCGGUCAUCCAAUUUGAUUAGCCGUGAAGACUGGGAUCAAUGGCUGAUGACAUUGACCACGGCUUUACUUCGCGAAUCACCAAAUCCAGCAAUCCGAGCUUGCAGUAAUCUCAUAGCAAUCAAUAAUACGAUUGGCCGCACCUUGUUUAAUGCCGCCUUUGUUAGCUGCUGGCCAGAAUUAACAGCACCGCAGCAGGAUGCACUUAUCAGCAAGCUGGAGGAAGUGUUACUCUCAUCAGACCAAUCACCAGAGGUCAGCCAGGCCAUACUCAAUCUGGAGGAGUUUAUGGCUCAUGUGGAUAAGUACUCGUCAACAUCGACUCGUGUGCCCCUUCCAUUAUCUCUACACCUCUUGGCCGAUCGUGCAAUGAAAAACCGAGCUUACGCGAAAGCAUUGUAUUACAAGGAGCAAGAGUUUCUCGAAGAAGUGAAGAAGCUAUCUAGUCCCAGCCAAGAGACCCUUUCGUGUUUGUUGACCAUCUAUAGCAAAUUACAACUGGAUGAAGCGGCUACUGGGGUCCUUAUCUAUGCAACACGACAACCUAAUGACAAACUGGUGAAUGAGGAAGCAUGGCGUGAAAGACUGCAAGAUUGGAAAUGUGCCCUAAAUUUGUACGAGAACAAACUAAAGGAUGAGCGUAUCAAGGAUAAGACUCCUCACAUGCUUGGACGCAUGCGGUGUCUCCGUGCUCUAGGACAAUGGGUCCCGUUGAAAACGAUGGUCUCCAAAAACUGGGAUCUGAUGGAUGAAUCUGUGCGCAGACAAAUGGCUCCGAUGGCUUGCAGUGCUGCAUGGGCUGCUGAUGAAUGGGAUCAAGUGGAACGAUAUGCUAGUGCUCUGCCUACUGAUCAAAACUUUUACGGAGCGUUCUACAGAUCUGUGUUGGAUAUUCACUCGGGUCGUUUUGAUCGAGCCUGCCAAUAUAUCGCUAAGGCUCGCGACGUUCUCGAUGCAGACUUGACAACAAUGACAGGGGAAAGUUAUGACAGAGCUUAUGCAGAUCUCGUCGGCACACAAUUACUUUCUGAAGCCGAGGAGGUUAUCCAAUACAAGCUGGUACCUGAGCGGCGCUCAGUUCUAAGAGAAGCCUGGUGUGCUCGUCUGCUUGGCUGUCAAUCUGUUGUGGAAGACUGGGGUCAAGUACUUCAGCUCCGCAGCCUUGUCCUGAAACCCCAAGAUGAUUUGAAGACGUGGCUGCGAUUUGCUGGACUGUGCCGUCGCAGUGGUCGUUUCACAUUGGCAAGGGAGUUGUUGCAAAAUCUGCUUAGUCAUGAUCCUGCUCAUUCUCCACAAACGGAACCCAUUCCUAACGCCGACCCGGCCACCGUCUUUGCCUACACCAAACUUCUCUGGUCCACUGGAGCGCACGAAGAAGCUGUCACUAGACUGUAUGUGCUUAUCACGCGCGUUUUGGAGCCCAUGUUGUCCUCGGAGGCCGUUACACUCAGCAAUCCCCGUUCGUUUACCUCAGUGUUGGAUGCGAACGAGGUGCUAGACAGCUUCGAUCCGAAGACUACAGCCGCACAAGCUGCAUUGGAGCGACAAGAGCUACGGGCUCUAAUGGCCAAGUGUUGCCUGAGGCUCGGAUCAUGGUAUUCCGAGUUAUACGCUCGAUGUCCUCCCGGAACUUACAGUUCUGAUGGAUCAGCAUCCAAUUCAACUCAAGGUUAUUCGCCCGGCACAGGGGGACUUCAGGCAUCAGUUGCUACCGCUACAAAGUUGUCCAGGAGUCAAACUUCCACGAUCCGUGGGCCAGAGACACCUUCGGCUCAACCUUUACGUGCAGCGAGGUCUGGCAUACAAAUAUCCGAGUCGGAUCAAGCUCGGAAGGCACCCGGUAAUACGGCUACUGGUUCGACAGCGAUGGACGGAGGUGGAGUGAAUGUACCACAGACAUGGGACGAACAUCAAGGGUUUGUCAUUCUUUGUUACGAUGUGGCGACCAAUCACGCUCCAGGCAAUCGCGCUGCUUGGCAUUCGUGGGCCAUGGCGAACUACGCUGUCUUUCAACAUCUAGAUACUCUUAAAGCGCGUAUCGAACGUGCUGAAAUGGACUUGAAUAAAGCUGGUUCGACGUCCCCGGGAUCACAUUCAUUGUCUAAACCUAACUCACCGGCAGUUACUUCUGUGGGGAACCUGUCUCCGUCGUCUCAGGGCAUAGUUGACUUGUGGCACGCAAAGAAAAAACUACAGUUCUGUAUGGAAUUGCACGCGGCACCGUCUGUUCGUGGAUUUGUGAAUUCUAUCAGCUUGUCGCCAUCGGCCAACUUGCAGGACAGCCUACGGCUUAUCGAUCUCCUGUUCAAGUUCGGCCAUUUGGUUGAAAUUCGCGAAGUCAUACGUGAAGGUCUAGCCAAGAUUCGCCUGUCUAAUUGGCUUUUAGUGGUACAACAACUCCUGGCCCGUAUCGAUACACCUCGCGAAUACGUGGCCAGCAUUAUCAUUGACAUGCUUAUUGCCGUUGGGAAAAGCUACCCGCAAUCUUUGGUAUAUUCUCUUGUGUUGGCUUUCAAAUCGGGUGGCUCGGAUCGUAGACGCUACAAUGCCAAUCGUAUUCUCUACAGCAUGGAGGAACAUAGUCCGCGCUUGGUAUCGGAGGCUUUUCUGCUGAAUGAAGAACUAAUACGCCUUUCGAUUACUUGGGUUGAGAUGUGGUCGGAGGCAUUAGAGGACGCCAGUCGCGUUUACUUUGGAGAGAAGGAUAUUAUGAAAAUGUUCCGCAUUCUCUAUCCGUUGCACCUUAUGAUGGACCGGGGCCAUGAGACGGCACAUGAAUCCGCUUUUCUACAGGAACAUGGGAAUGAUUUGAGAAAUUGUCGCUUCUGUUGCGAGACAUACGAACGAAAUUCCAGCAAAAUCGUGUUACAGCAAGCCUGGGAAGGUUACUACACUUUGUAUAGACAGUUCACCAAACAAAUGAACAACAUGCCUACUCUUGAGCUUGUGGUAGCCUCACCUCGCUUGCACGAAUACAGAAAAGAUUGGGAGCUAGCAGUUCCCGGAAGCUAUGAACCCAACCGACCUUUGGUUCGAAUUGCUGGCAUCAAAAAUUGUCUUACCCUGAUGACAUCGAAGCAGCAUCCACGGAAAUUGACCGUAUUGGGAUCGGAUGGCCAUCAGUACGUUUUUCUUCUAAAAGGUCACGAGGAUACACGCCAAGACGAACGGGUGAUGCAAUUCUUCGGGCUUGUCAACACGCUGCUUAUGAACAAUUCUGAAACGCUGAGGCGCAACUUAACCAUUCAACGGAUGUCUGUAAUACCACUGUCAACCAAUACGGGCCUUAUUGGUUGGGUUCCGAACAGCGACACUCUGCACAGCCUCAUUCGUGACUAUCGUGAAAAAACACAGACCAUAUUGAACAAAGAAAACCGAGAAAUGAUUCGACUGGCCCGUGACUUCGAUCGGCUCAAUGUGAUACAAAAAACGGAGAUAUUUGAAGCUGGACUCCGUGACUCUUCUGGAAGGGACCUGGCCAAUAUCCUAUGGUUAAAGAGUCACAGUUCUGAGGCCUGGUUUGAACGCAGAACGAACUUUGUCCGAUCGAUGGCUACAAUGUCCAUGGUGGGAUACAUCCUCGGUCUUGGAGAUCGACAUCCGUCCAAUAUUAUGUUAUCACGUGAAACAGGGAAGGUUGUACACAUCGAUUUCGGCGAUUGCUUUGAAGUGGCGAUGAUGCGUGAGAAAUUCCCCGAGAAAGUCCCUUUCCGUUUGACGCGCAUGAUAAUUACAGCUAUGGAAGUCAUUGGAAUUGAUGGUGUAUACAGACAAACUUGUGAGAUGGUAAUGUCUCUAAUGCGAAAUGAUCGAGAGAGCCUUCUUGCUGUUCUCGAAGCUUUCAUUCACGAUCCACUUCUGCAGUGGGUUAUUCUUGAAAACCGCAAAGACUUUAAUCAAAUGGAUAACAAACUCGACGAUGGAGCUUCGAUGGCUGGAACUAUUGGAGGUCAGCCGACCACGAAUGAAGUCAUGGCACCGGGUCAGCCGAUGAUGAAUGGAGGCGCCAAUAUGAUGGGGGCUAAUCAACAACCGAAGGGCCAUCCGAAACAACCUGAGCAUCCAUACCGUCAACAUCAAACCACAACAGCUCGUCGACCGGCAGAUCGUACUGGAGGCCUAGCCCCACCGAACGCGCAGCAUCAUGGUUAUGAGUAUCAAGCGUACCACCAGCAGCAAAACCACCUGCCGCAUCCUCCGACCCGGCGGUCAACAUCACCCAGACGUGUCUUCACCAAUCCAAAUCAUCCUGACAGUGUAUCCUUGCGCGAUCCCCAUCGGAUCAACCAUUGGCGACAUCAUCUUUGCAAUGGACCGUGGUUUGGAUGUUAUGAAACAGCAAGACGCCUGCGCAAACAAACAGAAGCUGGACAGGUCGUGGAGCGCCAAGGUCUGCAAGGCUUUAUAUUCUCCGCUAAACCAUUGAACGAAGAGGAUGCCUACAAUGAGACAGAAGCUUCUCCAAUAACACUAGAAAAUGCGAAAGCCCGUGCAGUAGUGGAUAAGAUACGCCAAAAGCUGAAUGGAACAGAGUGUGAACAGCCAAUGAAUGUACCGAACCAAGUGGAUUAUUUGAUUCGGGAAGCCACAUCUAAUCAGAACCUAUGCCAGAUGUAUAUUGGAUGUGUUGCCUUCAACUUCCAUACACUGUGUCAAACUAGGCAACAGGUAGCCCUUGCACAGACUUUAUUCUGUUCCGAUCGACGUGUUGUCUCUCCAGUUUGGUCACACACCUGCUCCAGACGAACCCAGACUUCACUCUUCAGGUGUCUGGUGGUUAUGAUAAAAUGGUUCGUGAUGUCCGUAGUGCGGGAGUGGCUCCUAGCCCCAGGGCGAAGUGCUCUUUGCUGGACCAUAUUCCCUUAA